GCAACACCGCAACAUUGUCAACCUGUUUGACGUUUCUCAAUUCCUUCUUUCUUCUUGACAAUUCGUUCAAGACGAUCGUUUACUUUACGGCAUAACACGUUUCGUGUCUCUACGACUUAAAAAAUGCGUUACGUGGCCGCGUAUUUACUAGCUGUGCUCGGCGGGAAGAGCUCCCCGGCCGCUGCCGAUGUGGAGAAGAUCCUCAGCUCGGUGGGCAUCGAGGCUGACUCGGAGAAACUGAAGAAGGUCAUCUCUGAGCUCGAUGGCAAGAGCAUUGAAGAGCUGAUCGCGCAGGGUCGCGAGAAGCUGUCAUCGAUGCCUUCAGGAGGCGCCGCGCCCGCCGCCGCCGCGGGGGCUGCGCCUGCUGCCGCCGCCGCUGAGGAGAAGAAAGAAGAGAAGGAAACCAAGAAAGAGGAGUCCGAAUCAGAAGAUGAGGAUAUGGGCUUCGGUCUUUUUGACUAAUUUUAUACUAAAGAGUACGCGGUGUGCGCGGUCGUUAUUCCAAUUUAUCGUGUAAGCGUAACUGACGGCGUGUAUGUUUCUAUGAAAUAUAUACGUUAAAAAGAUACA